AUGUCUUCUCAGUUUAAUGAAUCUGUCAACGAUCUUUGGGAUGAGUGCUUUGGCGAUGAAGACCCCUUUAAAGACGAUGACGACGCGACCCUCUUAGUAACACAAAGUGACUCCACUAAACAACCCACUUCAAAACCCACUUCAAAACCCGAACUGAUCGAUACAACAACUAUCAAAUCUCUUCCAACGGAACCCACUGUCACCGCCCCAAUUGUUCUAAGCGACGAACAAAAAUACAUUAUCGAUCUUGCCCUUAAUGGUCACUCUAUUUUCUACACUGGUGCUGCUGGUACUGGCAAAUCUCUGCUUCUUAAACAUCUCAUUCAAGAUUUAAAAGAAAAGGGCUGUGUAGUAGCCGUCACAAGCUCUACUGGUUUAGCUGCCCUUAACAUUGGUGGCAUCACUAUACACAAAUUUGCAGGUAUCGGAUUGGGCAAAGAAGAUGCAAAUAUACUUGUCAAAAAGAUUAAAAAAAUAAAAGUUCCUGUUUCCGUUGGGUCAACACUUCAGUACUUAUCAUUGACGAAAUAUCCAUGGUCGAUGCCUUUUGGAAACAUGCAACUUAUUUGUACUGGGGACUUUUUGCAAUUACCUCCCGUCGCUGAAAAAAUCAUCUCUAAAAAUAGUCACUUCGUCGAUUUAGUAGCAAAACCACGGAUAUAUUGCUUUGAUACCGAAGCAUGGCGUCAGACCAUCAAAUACAACAUUGUUCUUAAGCAAAAUUUCCGCCAGAAAGGUGACGAUGAAUUUAUUACCCUUCUUAAUUCCAUGCGCUUGGGGAAUUUGACCCCAGAAAUGAUUACCAAACUAAAUUCCCUUCAAAGAACUGUGGAUUACAAAGAUGGAAUAAAGCCAACUGCUCUUUACGCCACUCGUAAUCGUGUUCAAGCAUACAACCAAAAACAACUUAAAUUCCUUAAAGGUAAAAGCUACGUUUAUGUUGCUUCAGACACAAUAAACCGCAACGAGAUUCCCAUAGAUUUGAUAAAUAAGCGGCUAGACGAAACAGCAUUCAGGGUCAUAGAAUUGCGACAGGGUUGCCAAGUAAUGUUGUCACGAAAUAUGACAGGAAAUAAUUCGUUAGUUAAUGGAAUCUUGGGCCGUGUAAUUGGUUUCCUUACUACAGAUGAUUUUGAAGCCCUUCAAGUGGAGGCAUUAGAAAAACAAAUUUCUAUAAAUUGCCCUCAGUUCCACAAAAUGAUCACUGAACUUCAACUUAAAAAAGAAAAACAAGAGGACGAGAAAAAUGAUACCCCUAAGUCAAAUAUAAAACAUAUUAACAGCUCAUUACAUGAUACCCCUUAUCCUGUCAUUGACUUUUCUUUAGACACUCUUGGAUUGAAUCACUUGACAUGCAUCAUUACUCGGGUUAUAAACUCCAUCAAUUUAUCUGGAGGUAGUUCUCUAAACAAUAGUCAAAAAGAUGCGUCUGAAUCGUUUCAACUGCCACGUCUUUCUAGUAAACAAAAAACACAAACUCUUAACGAUUUUUUUCAAAUGAAGCCAAAAUAUAAAGAAGAUGCUUCUCGUAGCCAGUUGCCCUUAAUUUAUGGAUGGGCAAUGUCAAUUUACAAAGCUCAAGGUCAAACUCUUCCUCGAGUGCGCAUUGAUCUUGCAGACAUUUUUGAAAACGGACAUGCAUAUGUGGCUAUUUCUCGUGCAACAUCUACCAAAACACUUCAGAUUUUAAAUUUUCAGCCUUCAAAAGUUACUGUGGACCCCAAGGUGGUAGAGUUUUACAACACAUUGGAACCAGUAAACACAUAUUUAAAAGUCAAUAAAAAUACGUCAUUGAAAGAUUUUGGCGGUAAGAAAAAAAACUUAAUGAAACAUCCAGCACCGCUAUCAAUGUUAAAUAUGGAAUUGAAAAAGCAAAAGCAUUGA